UACAACACCUUCCAAGCUGUGAUUAUCACAGACGGUGUCUACACCUUUGUGAUGUACAACUAUCCACCUGACGUUAUUCUGUGGUCAGCACCAACCACGAGCGCCAAAUGGGGUCUCUACACCAAAGGAAAUUCUAUAAAUGAUCCUCUUCCUGUCGUCGGCUGGAGUGCUGGGUGCCGACGAGAAGAAUAUUUCAAUGUACCAAGGUCUGGAGAGGUCAUGAUCGGAAACAUAAGUAAAAUAACUGGCAAAACUGUAUUUGGAAAUCCCAAAAAGCGAAACGAAUUCAAAAAUUAUUCUCACUUGAGCCAAGGAAAAUGGUUAUUUCGUUUGGAAACUUCACUUGUUAAACUGUCAAAGGACAAAUGUAAAAGUUGGUUUAAAAAAGAACCAGAUCCACGGCCUGUCCUUGAAUACCUUGAACCUUGCCCUUGUACAUUCUUUCAAGCCCAAUGGGACGAAAGAUUCGAUGUGCAAGAAGGCUGGAGAGGCAAAUCCGAAGUUUGCGCCUAUUCCACCUUCACUUCUAUCGACGGUUGGCAACAGAAAUGUUGUUACUCUAACGACGGGAGAAGCAAUGGUGCGCUCAUCGUAGGUCAUCCAGGGGGAGGCAGUGCUCUCAGGAAAAAGUACGUUAAGAACGUAAUUUCCGAUGAUGAUAAAUUCUACGACAGGUGCUGUGUACAAACGGCAAUGUGUCAUCUUUAUUACCAGAGAAGACCAUCAGACAACUGCAAGCAAUACGAACCACCUGAGUGGAGUUGGAUGUGGGGUGACCCUCACUUUGUCACCCUUGAUGGCAAAAACUACACGUUUAACGGUCUUGGUGAAUAUGUGAUGCUUGAUGCAAAGGACGGCUUCUUUGAGCUGCAAGCRCGUACAAGACUCGCUAAAGGAGGUGGAACUGCUACCGUCUUUUGUGCUGCAGUGGCCAAAGAAAGAAAUACAAGCAAAGUGGAAAUCAGUUUAAAGAGAGAAGGUAACUUUACACUUUUUGUUGAUGGAGAGACCUUGGAUUACUACAGUCUUACCAAUCAGUCAACCAGUCUCAAUGGCUCUGUCGUUGUCUUGCGUCCUAAAGACAACUCAUUCAGAGCAACUUUCCCAUCUGGAAUCUCAGUUACUGUAACAGAAGUAAAGGGUGCCCUGUCCAUCUUAUUGGCAAUGCCCAAGUCAUUCAGGAACCAGACGAAAGGGUUGUUAGGAACCUGGAAUGGUGACCAAACAGAUGACCUGACAACACCUAGUGGAGAUGUUUUACCUGCAAAUGCAAGCAGCAAGAAUAUUCACUUUCAGUUUGGACAGAAAUGGCAAGUAAACGAGAGUACCUCACUUUUUACCUACCAGUUCAACGAGAACGUCUCCACGUUUUCCAACACAUCAUUCGUGCCAAUGUUCAUAGAGGAUCUGAUUGAGGAAUUCUACAAUGAAUCCCUAAAGCAACAAGCUCAAGCUGCUUGCAAAGGGGACAUCAACUGCUUGUUUGACUCUGCUUCAACCAAGGACGUGUCUGUUGGAAUAAGCACAAAGAUUGUUGGAUCACAAUUGGUCUACGAAUCCAACACGCUGAAAAACUCUCCUCCAAAGUUCGACAACACGUCAUCUGUUCUUUACCUAACGGUGAACUUUUCAAAAAGUGUGACAUUCAAGGCCAAGGACCCGGAUGGAGAUAAAAUAAGAUUCAACAUAACAGGUCCUCCAGAUGAUGCAACAGUAUGGACUAAUGAGUCUUCGAUAAUCCUGAAAUGGAUGGUUACCACAAAAUCGGUAAAAUUGGAAAUAAUCGCCACAGACAACAAAGGAGCGACUUCUGUUUUGAGGCCAGUGCUGCACGUCUGCGCGUGUUACAAUGGUGGUGACUGUUUGAUAACUAACCAAGAAGAAGAAGAGGAUAGAAAUAAUAGUCGUUUUAGCAUCAUGUCUUGUCAGUGUCCAAGUGGUUACACGGGUCGAUUCUGUGAAAGUGAUGUUGAUGCAUGUGAGGUCAAUAUGAACCCAUGUUACCCUGGAGUACAGUGUAAGGACUUGCCAGCUCCUGCUAAUGUCACCGGAUAUGAAUGUGGACCGUGCCCGUCUGGAUUCUCAGGACAAGGAGAUUCUUGCUUAGAUAUUGAUGAAUGUGAUGACUUCGUCUCACAACGAUGUUCCCAAAUAUGUGCCAACACUCCUGGAUCAUUCAUAUGUGGUUGUAACCCUGGUUACGUGCUAAAUGAAGGUGGCCGCUCAUGUGAUGACGUAAACGAGUGCCAUCCAGCCAGUGACUGUAUGCAAAGAUGUGUGAAUACUCCGGGUAGUUACACAUGUACCUGUGACAAGUACUUUACAGUAGAUCCUACCAAUCCCAAGAGAUGCAUACCGGAGUCCCCCUGUAAGGAUGGUAACCAUCAAUGUCAGGAUAUUUGCUACGUCUCCAACGGGACGGACCACUGUACUUGUCAUCCUGGAUACGAACUUCAACAUGACAAUAAAUCAUGCACAGACAUCGAUGAAUGCACAACAGGGAAGAAUCGCUGUAAUCAGGAAUGUCGCAAUAUCAUUGGUUGGUACGAUUGUAAAUGUCGUCCUGGAUAUCGUCUGGAUACUGACAACGUGACGUGCAUUGAUAUCGACGAGUGCCUUGAAUGGACGUUUAACUGCUCAGCUAAUCUGCGUUGCCGCAAUACCAUUGGCUCCUACGAAUGCGAGUGUAGAAUAGGCCUCGUAUGGAAGGGCAAUGAAUGUCAAGAACCUGAGAAACCGGCUACGACUUCACCUCCGUCAACACCAAGACCACCUUCAAAAAGAGAUAUCCAAAACUCUGUUAAUGUUACCAUCAAAGGACUUGACAUAACUGAGUGGCACCACAAAAAAGAUCUGAAAUUUAAGAACGCUGUGGCCCAAGAAGUUACUGAAUUCUGUUCUAAAAGUCAGAGCUGCUUUAGACCCAAGACAAGAGUAAGGCGCUCCACUGGUGUAACCUUCACAACACAAGAAGUUCAUCUUCUGCCAGGUUACCCAGUACAGUUGUCUUACUCUUCCAUCCCUGAUCACGUGAUUGCUGCUGUAGCAUUCUACGUUAACUUCCCACCAGGUGCCGCCAUUGGAGUCACUGACACAGUCGAUAAGAAUAUUCUCGUUGAUAUCGUGAAAGGAUCCCUGGCUCGUAUAGGCAGAGCUAUCAACAAGACAAUACUCUCUGUAUCCGUGUAUAUGGAUGAAAAACUAACAGGCCAACCUACCACUAAACCUUAUACACCUACCAACAAUGAGCCUACUGACACCAGAGAUCACAAAGAAAAGACUGGAUAUGUCCGUUAUCUUAUCAUUGGUGGAUCAGUAGUGGGGACUCUUUUGAUCUUCAUCAUUAUCGUUGUAAUUAUCAGGAAAUCAAGGGAGAGCUCCCCCGCAGCAAUCAAAAAGCAAGUUGAAAUAGAGAUGAAAAUGCAGAAUGAAGACUACAGUAUUGACAAUCUGGGAGCAGAUAUUCUGGACACAGAUAAACCAGCAUACCAAAUAAACACAUAAGCAUGUUGCACACUUUUAUGAGGUUUUUCAUGUGACGUCACGCUGUAGAGAUUUUUUUUCAAAUCUGAAAAAGCAGUUGACAUUCAAAGUUUUCAUACAGAUAUUAGUAAAAACUGUGAAGUUUCGCGAAGAUCGCACAUAAACUAUCGAAGAUAUGAUUUUCUUUAAAAAAAGAAAUUUUACGAAGAACUGUUAUGUUGGCAGGCAAAAUUUGCCCUCCAGCAUACAUUCAUUUUUUUGUCGUAAACGUUGCAAGGUUGAUUCGUACACUCUCUGGAUUAUGGCAGAAAUCCAUGGAUGGAUAGUUAUGGACUUCUGAUUAUGAACAAUGUUCACGAAACUUUACAAAUUUUUCUAAUAUCUAUAGGAAACAUUUGACUGAAAAUCAGUUCUUUUUUCUGACAAAAGAUGAAAUUUUUGAUAGCGUGACAUGACAUUGAAAAACCCCAAUAGAUAUCUUUUAUCGUGCACCAAGUAUUUUCACUAAUAUCGAGGUGGAUCGAGGUGUUCAUUUUAUUGUAUUUUAUUUUUUUGAUCAUUUUGACCCAACUGCUCAAGGGGGAUAGGGUCACUUGACCUAGAAAGUGUCUUAUUUGUUUCACAAAAUGUAUCAAAUGGAUCUGAAUGACCUGUUUAGCACUCGACUAAGUAUUCGUUGUUCUUUACUAGUAAGAUCACGUGACCAGACGAGAACUAGUUCUUUCAGGAUUUAUUUUAUAUAGCGUUGGAGUCCUAAAGAACAAGAAAAACUAGAUUAUUAUCAGACGAAUUUGUAAGUUACGAUUGUUAAUCUUUUUGUUUUAAGUAAUCUUUUUAUUUUAAGGUAUCGAUAUUUUUUCUUUGAUUUUCCAUUUUAAUAUAUAGAUAUAGAUACAUGCACGCUGUAUAUGUGACAGAGAAGCUUGAGAGAGAAAAUUUGUUUGUAAUCACAGAAGCAAAACCUCGACUGCUAUAUGCAGAUAAGUAAAAAUAAUUUUAAAAAAUAUCAUUUAAACUAUUUUCCUUUGUUUUGAUUCGCCGAGAUAACUGCAAAUAACUGCCAACAAAUAAUAAUUUUCUCAUCAUGCGCAUUAUACUGUGGUUGUCGGAAUGGUGCAAAAUUCAACGAAUGUGAACACGUUCAAAAUCAACAAAUUAUUUGUAUAUCGACACUUUCGUGGUCAACUCAAAAUCUUAUUCAAAUAAAAAAUCUCCUAAUUGCUUCAACCUCAAGUUUAUGCCAAAAACAAUACCUUUUAUCGCCCAACUUCAACAGAAAAUUCCUAUUCAACUUCAACAAAAAAUUAUUCUCAACAAUUUGGGAACGAACGGUACUACUGUUUUGCAGAGAGGAAACUGGGGGCUAUAGCCCAAUUUUUUUUAAACAAUUUUUUUUAAACAAUUUUUUUAAUCAAUAAUUUWUUUUUUUUUWAAUAGCAAUUUUUGACAAGUUUUUAAAGUGGACAACAAAUAAACAACUGAUCUUUCCUUAGGUUUUGUAAACUUUUUUAUUACUCGCCAUGGUUAGCGCUAACCAUGUGUCACAAAAAGUAUAAAAUAACAUUGAUUAAUUAGGAAAUUUCACUAUUGCCUAGCCUAUUUUACGUGCUUUCCUGCUACAACAUGUUUGUAUGUUUUGUAAUUUCCUGUAAAUAGUCCAUAUAAACUGUUGUAAUAGUACUCAUUUGUAAACUCCAUGGCUAGCGUCUGUUGAUUACAGACGAAACGCGUCGGAGUAAUAAGAAAUUUUACAAAACCUACAAUAUUACGGAGCAAAGAAUGGACCAACGAUAAUCGGUAUUACAAUUGUGCCACUUGUAACUGAAUAUGAAUUUAAAUAUUAAAAGUGAUACUAACUGAU